GCAGUCGCGGUGCCGGGGUCUGUACGUGGGUGUUGGUGCCGCCGCUGGAAGGAUGUUCGAGGCGCGGCUGGUGCAGGGCUCCGUCCUGAAGCGGGUGCUGGAGGCCCUGAAGGACCUCAUCACCGAGGCCUGCUGGGACCUGGGCUCGGGCGGCAUCAGCCUGCAGAGCAUGGACUCCUCGCACGUCUCCCUGGUGCAGCUCACGCUGCGCUCCGAGGGCUUCGACACCUACCGCUGCGACCGCAACAUCGCCAUGGGCGUCAACCUCAACAGCAUGUCCAAGAUCCUGAAAUGUGCUGGGAACGAAGACAUCAUCACCCUACGAGCGGAGGACAACGCGGAUACGCUGGCUCUAGUGUUUGAAGCACCCAAUCAGGAAAAGGUUUCUGAUUACGAGAUGAAGCUGAUGGAUCUGGAUGUGGAGCAGCUUGGAAUUCCAGAACAAGAGUACAGCUGUGUGGUCAAAAUGCCUUCUGCUGAGUUCGCCCGCAUCUGCAGGGACCUCAGCCACAUCGGCGACGCCGUCGUCAUCUCCUGCGCCAAGGACGGCGUCAAAUUCUCUGCUAAUGGAGAGCUGGGAAAUGGGAACAUCAAGCUCUCACAGACCAGCAACGUGGACAAAGAGGAGGAAGCUGUUACCAUUGAGAUGAACGAGCCAGUCCAGCUCACCUUUGCUCUGAGGUACCUGAACUUUUUCACCAAAGCCACCCCGCUGUCACCCACCGUCACCCUCAGCAUGUCUGCGGACGUCCCUCUGGUGGUGGAGUACAAGAUUGCCGACAUGGGACACCUAAAGUACUACCUGGCCCCAAAGAUCGAAGACCAGCAGGAUGGCUCUUAAUGGGAGCAGGACUGGGGGUGAUUGGGGGGCUCUUGGGGGGGAUGGAAGAAGUGGUGGUGGCAAUAUCAGUGCGUGGGAGCCCCCUCUGAGCGCUGGUAGGCGUCUGCUGUAGAUAUCUUUGUAAAUAUUUUUCAAAGUUACUCUUUUGCUCUACUGAUGUCAUUGGAAAUAGGAAACUUUGGGUUUGUUUUUUUUCUACUCCUGUACUCCAGUUAUCUCGUAGAUGCUGUUUUAGGGUGAAACCUCUCACUCCUCUUGCCCUGCGUUAGAGAAGGGGCACAAUAUUUAACGUGGGUAAAGAUGAUGCUUCCUCGAGUGUCACCCAUGGCCUGGGCUGUGGUUCCCUGGGGUUGCCCUUCAGUUACACCACGAGUUCGUUUGGACUUUCGCCCAUUUAUUUUUGAGGCUGGAAUUUUAACUGAAACUUGGAAAGUGGAAAUAAAGAGUGUAAUUUCA